ACAAGAUAUGAAAAAUUUUGUCAAAGGACAAAAUGUUGGUUCAGUGAAUAAUUCAUUUGGUCAACAUCAUGGUCACCGUUCACAGUUUCAACAACAGCAUCAUCAUCAGCAUCGUCAUCGACAUUUUAAAAAUGUCGAGACAAGAAGUUCGAUUGAAUUAUAA